AUGGUUCUAAGAUACCAUUGGAGCUUAGCAAUCAACAAACUUCAAAAACUCAUUAUUAAAAGAUGUCAAUAACCCCUAUUGAAUAUAUAAGAAGAAAGAAGAAAAAUGAAAAAAUCUAGAUCUCAAUAACCAAGUCUAUUAUCUACAAAUAAAAGAUUUGAGCAUCUUCGAUAUCAUUCUCAAUAAGCUUAAAAUUUAUCAGAAUCUAAAAAAGAAGAGGAAAUAUCAACAAGAAUGCAAGAUAAAUUUGAAUCAGCACAAAAGGAUAACAAUAUAAACGAAAAAAUACUAAAACCUUAAAUUGGAGCGUCUGAAAACAGAUAAAAGAAACAGCAUAAUUUUGUGCAUAGAGUAGCCUAGAUUAAUUAAAGUUUAAUGAAGAACUUUUAGAUCUGUUUAAGGAAUAAAAGGAAGCUUGCCAUUUCGGUUGUUUAUGUAAUUUUUUAGAAAUAUAGUUUAGCUUAAUAUAAAGUUAAAGAACAAGAAAUACUUAUUAAAAAAAUAUAAGACAGCAGACCUUGUAAACCUAUACCCAAUGUAAAAACCUUUCUUUCUUUGAUCAAAAAACCUCUGGUUGAAUAAAGUAAACCAAUAUAAUAAUAGGAAUUUGAAUAUUUUUAUUAAGUUUGA